AUGGCGUUUACGACACCACCACCAGCUGUCCAGGACACGGAGGUCACCUUUCCCCGGCCGCACGUCCUGCUGGUGACGCUCAACCGGCCCAAGGCCUUCAACGCCAUGCCGCGCGCGCAGCACCCGCAGCUCGCCGCACUGUGGGACUGGUACGACGCGGAGCCAUCCCUUCGAUGCGCCGUGCUCACCGGCGCCGGACGCGCCUUUUGCGCCGGCGCGGACCUCCGCGAGUGGAACGACAAGGCCUCCGCCGGCGCGACGAGCUCCGCCGGCGACGAGCGCGACGCCUCCUGGGCGACCAGCGGCUUCGGCGGGCUGAGCAACCGCCGCGGCAAGAAGCCGGUCAUCGCCGCGGUCAACGGCGCGUGCCUGGGCGGCGGCAUGGAGAUGGCGCUCAACGCGGACGUGGUGCUCGCGGCGGCGGGCGCGACGUUUGGCCUGCCCGAGGUCAAGGUGGGCGUGAUCGCGGUGGCGGGCGCACUGCCGCGGCUGACGAGGAUCGUGGGGAGGCAGCGCGCGGCGGAGAUGGCGCUGCUGGGAAGGACGUACAAGGCGGGGGAGAUGGCGGCCUGGGGCGUGGUGAAUAAGGUGGUGGAGGAGGGCGGGAGUGUGGUGGAGGAGGCGCUGCGGUGGGCGGAGGAGGUGGCGGGCAACUCGCCGGACGCGGUCAUCGUGACGAGGGCUGGGCUGCUGGGCGGUUGGGACCCGGUGGACCCGGUGAAGAGCACGGGGGAGAUUUUCAAGGGGAUUUACAAGUUGUUGGAGCAGGGCGAGAACCUGAAGGAGGGCGUUAAGAGCUUUGUGGAAAAGAAACGGCCGGUCUGGAAGGAUAGCAAGCUGUAG